AUGCACCAGGACACCUCAGAAGCCAAGAAGACCACCCAAAAUAACCCCGAGCCCGCCCCCGUUGACAAAUCCGAGACACCGUCCACCAGUGAAGCAAUCGAUGACGCAAUGUUUGUGCUGAAGCGACUACAAAUUACAAGGGAAGACGAAGCCGGGAAGGAGGGCACGCUGCCCGAGAGGAAACAACCCGAGGAAUCGGCGUUGCACGAGAAGAGCAGCGGAUUUGAGGCGCCAUCCCCGAUGACGCGCUGCCGUUCGAAGUGGCGCUGGCGGCCCUACGACCCGCCGAGGCCCGGAAAAUCCGAUCGCAGCGAGGCCGAGACGAUCGCCCAAUUGGAGAAGAUCAAGUGGCAGGAGGAGUUGAACGUUGAUGGGCUGCGGAAUCGGCUUCUUCUGCCGUUGCCCUGUUCCGUCGAGGCGGCCCGCAGCGGAAAUCAGCCCGAUCUGGAGGUAGAAGAAUUGGCGGAAUAUUUUGGAUGUUUCGUCUGUGUCGAAUCAAAGAUGUCCGCGCUCGCCGAGUCGAUGUAUUGC